CGUUAUCUGACUUGAGAGUCCUCGCUGUCAACCGUAAGCUGCUUGAGCGCGUCGCUUUCUUUCUUUCUUUCAGUUUUUUUUUUCCCGUCCCCUUUCCUCUCGUUUCUUGGCUUUGUGUGUUGCGGCAGAUUGGAUUCUAUUCUAAACCCCAGCUAAUACGCCACGCCACCACUCGGAGCCAAGCCCUAGGCUCCUCCUCUCCUCCCAAUCCCCAAUCCCUGUUCGGCUUCUCCUUCCUCCCCUCCGCGGCCGAUCGCGAUGGAACCCUGAGCUACGUGGUUGGUGCUUCACCGCUGGAGUAGAGUUCUACUAUAGUAGGGUUUGGGGGCGGCGGUCUCGGAGGAGGGAGGAAGCCUUUGGCCAUGGCGAGCGACGUGCCCAUGAGCCCGGAGCUCGAGCAGAUCGACGGCGAGGUCCAGGACAUCUUCCGCGCCCUCCAAAAUGGAUUUCAAAAGAUGGACAAGAUUAAAGAUUCAAGUAGGCAAGCUAAACAGCUGGAGGAUCUCACAGCAAAAAUGAAGGAGUGCAAGCGUUUGAUCAAAGAGUUUGAUCGUAUAUUGAAAGAUGAGGAGUCAAACAACCCUCCUGAGGUCCACAAGCAGCUAAAUGACAGAAAGCAAUAUAUGAUCAAAGAGUUGAAUUCCUAUGUCACCUUGAGGAAGACAUAUCAAAGUAGCCUAGGUAAUAAUAAUAAGAGGGUUGAGCUCUUUGAUAUGGGCGCUGGAAGUAGUGAACCUGCUGCCGAGGACAACAUCCAAAUAGCAUCAGCUAUGACAAACCAACAACUGAUGGAUGCUGGAAGAGAACAAAUGACUCAGACUGAUCAAGCUAUUGACCGUUCAAAAAUGGUUGUGGCACAAACUAUUGAAACUGGAACACAAACUGCUUCAGCGCUAUCACAGCAAGUAAGUUUUUCUACAUUACAUACUAUACAAGAUUUUCCUGUGACAUGCCUGUUUUGGCAAUCUGGUAUACUUGUGUGUUUAGUAUGCAAUCUAGUACAACAAAUCUCUUUUGCUUUACAGACAGAACAAAUGAAGAGAAUUGGCAAUGAGCUGGAUACUGUUCACUUUUCGUUAAAGAAGGCUAGCCAGCUGGUGAAAGAGAUUGGCCGUCAGGUUGCAACUGACAAAUGCAUUAUGGCAUUGCUUUUUCUGAUUGUUUGUGGUGUGAUUGCAAUUAUUGUUGUUAAGAUUGUCAACCCACAUAACAAGAACAUCCGCGACAUCCCAGGACUUGCUCCGCCUGCUCAAAAUUUCCAGAUUAGUAACAGGAGACUGCUGUCGGUAGAAAUUAUCAGAGGUCUAUGAUGACUGUGCUUGCAAGUUCCAUGCAGGCGGAGUUCAGUUCGUUUCUUCAGAGUAGCUUAAUUGCGGUCAUAAGAUACUACGACAUGCUGUAAAAUUCUUAGUGCCUGUAUAUUUUAUUCCCUGGUGUAUUAGAUAUGAAGUCAGUAGAUUCCCGCGUCUGAUGCUUGUAUACUCCCCGGCCUUUUGGUUGUGUGCAUAAAUGCAUUAUAGAGAUGAGAUCUUUUACCAGUCAAAAUUUCAAUAUACCAAAGUUCUAGCUAAA